CCUGCCUAUGCUGUAUCUGUUCUGUGGAUAAAUAAGGCAUUUCAAUUCCAAUGGCAGUCACUCUAACACCUUCCAUGAGUGCUAAGGACCCAAUCCUGCAAGGUCAGAGCCCGCUGAAGAGGGUGUUUGUGACAAAAAAUGGCUUUUUGAAAGCCAUUUUCUAUAUAGUAUGAAAUUUUCCAGGUUUUUGUUUCCACCAAAAUGAUUUGAAAUGAAACACUAGUUUUAUUUCAGUUCUAUUUGACUCAAAUUAAGAUUUAUAGGAAUAAGCUAAGGUGGUAGGAGCACUUUUAUACUGGUAUAAAAGCAUCCAUGCUAGAGGAGGAGGUUCUAAUAUGGUUUAAAAUAGUACCAUUUGUGUGUGUGUAAACCCAAGGCUUGGUCUCUGUAAAAGACUUUCAUGGUUAGAGGUUUUUUGCUGCCUGUUAGGUCUUUAGUUUCAAAGAAGUCAUGUGUUUGCUGCCUAAGUCACCCCCUGCAGAUAAAUUUCUUACUAAGCCUUGUUCAUGAUUAUUCAGGUUUUUAAAAAAAAAUAAAUCUGACCUUGCUUGUUUUGCAGUUGGGGAGCAGGAUCCCCAGUAGAAAAUGUUUUGUUCCAUGUCAAAAAUUCUUCCCUGCGUGCCCCAGUGUGGGCUGUUCUUUGUGCGGGGGGAAGUAAAACAAACCAGGUGGUAAAAGAAACGUGAUAAGCCGCCGCGCCAGAUUGAGGGAAAUUAUUGUGGAAAGGAGAGAGACUCUGUUGGUCAGCAACCAGGGCUUGGGAUUGUCCCACAUGCCUGGCGUGGUUAGGAGCGCAAGCACGGGGGAGCUGCGUGCGCCCAAGAGCCACUCUUGCCUUUGAGAUUACGGGGGGUCUCAGCCUGGUCCAGGAGGAUCAAUCCUCCGCUUACAAUCCGUGCAAGUCUCCUGCCCGAGAAGGACGAGGGCUGUAUGUGAGAGGGAGGAAGCGAGGGCGUUGCUGGCUGCCUGGGUCUGUUCCAGGGCUCUGUGAGCGCUCCGCUGAGACCAGCCUGCUAAGCCGGGGUCUCCAGGGAGUCCGGGGCUCCCAUGCCUGCCCUCUGGGGUGUCUUUGGGCACUGGAGUAGCUGGACCCCAGGAGGGUGACUCUGUGGCGCCACUCUUUGAGCCAGGAGGGCGACUCUGUUCCUCGAGGGGCAUGGGCUGGAGGAACAUGAGGUCUUCUGGGCUUUCAAGAGGAAGAGCUGGUGGACUGCAUAGACAUUGACAACAAUUUGUGUGACGACAGUGGGACCUGCGACAGGAAAGUCUUCGCUUUGGAUAUAUACGUUAAAUCUUUCCAAUUGAUAGAAGGCAGAAAAUUACCAGACAUGUCCAUAGCCCUCAAGCAAGUUUUUAAUAAGGACAAGACCUUCCGUCCCAAACGCAAAUUUGAACCUGGGACCCAGAGGUUUGAGCUCCAUAAACGAGCACAGGCCUCACUGAACUCGGGAGUGGACCUGAAAGCAGCUGUGCAGCUGCCCAGUGGAGAAGACCUAAAUGACUGGGUGGCAGUUCACGUGGUUGACUUUUUCAACAGGAUCAACCUGAUCUAUGGAACUAUCUGUGAGUUCUGCACAGAGAGGACCUGCCCGGUGAUGUCUGGGGGCCCUAAGUAUGAGUACCGGUGGCAGGAUGACUUGAAGUACAAGAAGCCCACUGCAUUGCCAGCACCCCAGUAUAUGAACCUUCUCAUGGACUGGAUCGAGGUGCAGAUCAACAAUGAGGACAUAUUUCCUACUAGUGUGGGUGUUCCCUUUCCAAAGAACUUCCUUCAGAUCUGCAAGAAGAUCCUGUGCAGACUGUUCCGGGUAUUCGUUCAUGUCUACAUUCAUCACUUCGACCGCAUCAUCAUCAUGGGAGCUGAGGCCCAUGUCAAUACCUGUUACAAGCACUUUUAUUACUUUGUAACAGAGCUCAACGUCAUAGACCGCAAGGAACUAGAGCCUUUGAAAGAGAUGACAACCAGGAUGUGUCACUAAAGAGCCACCUGUCGAACAGAAGAGAAAUCCAGUUUCCUCCUCAUUGCAAAGCGAGAGGUCAUGAGAGACCUCCAGGGCUGAACCAGCUUGUUCAUUCCCACGGGUGGGAAAGUCGGGGACAGAAGGUUACUUUCACAGAUGCUUCCCAACAUUGUGUGCUCUUAACCCUGAAAAUGCUGCUAGGAUCCUCCUCUGAACGAUGUGGAUUACCAAGUGAGAAAAAAUUGAUUUGGAAUUUUUUUCUGGUUCCUGAAUUAUUGAGGAGGAGUUCUUCGGUCACAAUGACGUUCCAUGGUCCUGCUGUUCAAGCUUUACUGGAAUUCAAGUUUUUAGGCUGGCCUGUGUAUUUGUACUUUUGAAAUGAACCUGUAUCGUUAGUUGAAAAUAUUUUGUAUACUUUGAUUGUGUGUACUUUGUUUUCCAAGUUCAGCACAGUAUUAAGAAUUCUGGAACUUCAGCAAGAUUUUCAGAUGGAGCCUUCCGUGUCUGCUUAGGACUUUAGAUGCCAGCAAAGGUUUGUGGGUAAAUAUUCCAAAAUGCCACUGAGCCUCAACGUCCAUAGGAACACAGCUGCUUUCCCCAGCAGAUCUGACAGGGUGUACUUUGCUUGUUUUCUUGGUUCAAUUCUCAGUUAGGUGACACUGGGCCAGAUUCUGAUCUCAGCUACAUCAGUGUAAACCCAGAGUAACCUCAGUGAUUUCCAUGGAGUUGCUCUGGAGUUACACCAGUGUGACUGACAACACAGUCUGGCCCAGUAUCUGUACAAAGAAGGGUGGUGGUAAUGAGAGUUGAACAAAAUGCCCUAUGUACCAGUGACCACAGUGGUUUGGUACAUGCAUGUAAUACAUGUUCUGUCCUGUUUCUUUUUCUCCCCCACGUCAUUCUUUUCAAAGUGAGGAUAUACCUUUUGUGAGGGAAAAGGGGUUGUAAAUUAACAAAGAUGAUUAGGGAGAAGGUGAGGUCAAAACCAUAAUGCAUGACUGCAUUGUCUGUAAAUAGUGUCUAAUAAGACAGUCAGUCUGUCUUCCACACUAGAAAGAUAUAAUAUAACAGUUCCCAGUAUACAGUAUAAUUUAAAUCAGUGACCUCAAUAUCUGGCCUAAGAUAUUCAUUGUAAACUCAUUAACUUAUGUACAAUGUGCGAGGUGCCAUGGUGAUGGGCCCAUAAGAAAUAUUUGUAAUAGUAUUUACUCAGAGAAGGUCUCUAGAGACACAUUUUAACAAGUGGAAAAUAUAUAGAAUCAUCCCAUAUAUUCUGUGCCUUCUAAGGAAUUUGGCAUAGACCUUUUGUUAUAUAAUAAAGAUGAUACUUUCAGAUCAUGUGCUGAUUCCUGCUGCCCCUAAGCAUCUGUUCCCACCAAAGUGAUUUUAACCGUCUCUGCUUCUUCUGAGGUAGUAUUGGAAGCUCCAGUAAUACCUCAGAGUAUCCACAGAGUAUCUAAUGAUGGAGUACUAAAGAUGAUAUAUAAUAGACUGAAAUAUAGCAGACACUAAAGAACAACAACAAACAUCUGAGCUCAUAUUGUUGCACAUAAUGUCUUAUUCCCCUGCUUGAUUUAAUAGGCUCUGCAGCAGAGGUGCGGAAGUCAAUGAUUACAUAUAUGCAGGGACAAAGGGUUUGAUUUAUGAAAAUUCAAUGUUGCUAUGUUGGAAGUUUUUCCGUAUCUUUAGAAUUAUGCAAAUAGCGUUAACCCUGGCCUUCAAGGAAUGUUCAACUUUCAGUUUGUUACAUUGAACUAAAGUACUCCUUCUUCUUUCACUGCUCUUUUGCAAUCAAGUUACCUCUUGAAUGCACUACAGGGACUAUGUUACACACAAUCUUCUUAAUAUUCAUUUGGCUGGUGCUUACCCACUGCGUAAUUAUGGAACUCAUUGCCACAAGAUAUCACUGAGGCCAAGAGCUUAGUAGGAUUGUUAAAAAAAAAAUAGUUAUAUGGUUAGAGAGAAUAUUAACAAUUACCCAUCACAUGGUUUCUUGUACCUUCCUCUGAAGCAUCUAGUUCUAGCCACUGUCAGCGACAGAACUGCUGGUUUGGUAUGGCAAACCCUGUAUUCUUAAUUUCUAGUGUUUCGAAGGGGUAAAAUAAAUGGCAGUUCACUUGCAAUAUUUCCACAGCUUUGCAUUAUGCAAUGAAAGUUUAUAUGAAGAUGCGAAUCUGUGGAAUCUUUAGGCAGAAAAUCAAACCAUGACUAGAUAAAAUUGAAAAGCCUAAUAUUUUAUCUACAAAGUCAUUUUUAUUCUAGCUUUCACUAAAGCCACUUACUAUAUACUGUCUGGGUCUAAUUAACAUAGUGCAAUUCUAAAAUGUGCAGGAUUUGUUCCCUGUUGUUUUGAUUAACUUUUUUGUGAUUGUGAUAAUUUCAUGGAACUUGAAAAACUGUUUUUUUAAUGGUUGGUUUGUUUUUAAAUUGGGUUUUAGUUCAGUUUAAUAACUAUUGUGCUCUCCCUAAUGGCUGUUAUAGAUUCUGCAGCAGAGAGACCCCAGAGACAUCAUGGCUGUCUCAGCCAGAAUGGCUAUGGGGUGGCACUAGGAGAGUCCACUGCAGAACAGAAGCGGCACCAGCAAGUGUGUGCUUGCUUCCUACACUGGCCCAUGUAGAAAAAAGAUGCAGACAUAGACCUUACACUUGGCCCAUCCUCUUUAGGCACAGUCCUGCUGCUGCUAAUACUAGUCUUAUCCUUGUGCUGCGGGAACACCAGGACUGGAUUGUGCCUGAACCCUGUAUAAGGGGUACCAGAGGUAAGGAACGGCUCUUUGAGUUCCCUCUUCUUUGUUCUCAUGCGCAAGGCUAAGCGCAUUUUGGCCCAAAGCGCAGUUAUGAAAUCUCACAGCAUCUCACAGCAGCCCAAUUAAGUUUGUUAUUACAAAAAGUCCAUGCAAACCUUCAUCCCCAAAGCUAACAAUGCUAGAAAAUAAUGAAGUGCAUGUUAUUGCAUGACCACUUUGGAUGUACCCGUCAUUUCUGGGGUUUGACUUGGUGGAUUAUUGCCAACAAGAGUCCUCUAUAUCUUUCUGCAGAUAGUAUAAGUGUUUAAUUCAUCCCUGGCCUGGGUGCCUCAAACAAUGUGGCGUGACUCAUUUUCUUCUCUUUCCAUCUCUGUGAUGUUUAACAGCCCAACAACAGCAAUGGGUGUAGUGUGGAGUAUUGUCAGAUUUACAAGUUUUAAAUUAAUCCUUCCAUUAGAGAGCAGAGAGUCAGGGUGCUGUAAACAUUAGUCCAGGAGAUUCUAAUUUCACCCUUGAUAAUCCACUUAGCAUCAGAGAUAAAUAUAAUCUUAUUUCAGUUGUUCAUCACAGGCCCUGUUUUACACAGUUUCAUGGGCACACUUAACAAGAGAAUAGCUAAAACU